GACAGUAGACGCAGCCGUGGUCUUGAACCGUCCGUGGAGCUUCGCACAUGAGGGAUCGGAGGCCUAGGGUGUGUUCGAAACAGCCUUGGCUACUGUGGUGUGAUCUGCGGUGGGAUCCGGAUCGAGUCUUCAUGCUUUUGGUACAUCAUCAUGUAGCUCCGUGGUUCUACACAACAAAUUUAAAUGCAGCCGCCCGGGAAGCAGCCGAAACAAUACACGUUUGGCCCCAGGUCAGUGGACAAGACGAAGACGUAGCUCAGGAAAGGUAGCACAUGCAGCAGAACUAGAACAGUAGGCGAUAGUGCCAGUGAACAGGAGUACUACCGGGUAGGCCUAUCUAUCUACAAAUAACAAGCAGACCGGAAGUCACCACCAUUAUCUUAAUAUGGGCAAAUUGACUGUAUUUGAGGUGGUGUUCGACGGAGACAAUGUGGAUGUCUUCAGCUCUGGAGAAGUCGUAAAUGGCUACAUCAGAGUUGUUCUGACAGCACCGAAGGAUGAUGUUACAGCUAUUAAACUCAAGUUCAAGGGCAAGGCUCACACUCACUGGACCGAGGGGUCGGAGGACGAAGAAGAGAGUUACUCAGCCAGUGAGACAUACUUCAAGGAGAAAAUCGUCUGUUGGGGCAAAGAUGACAAGACCAGGCGUUGCUUGGAGGCCGGAGAGCAUCGCUUCCCAUUCUCCUUCAAGAUCCCUGAUAUUCCCCUGCCGUUCCCGUUCGAGUCGAGCUUGGGCUGGAUCCGCUACAAAGUGAAGUGCAAGAUCGAUCGGCCCUCGAAGUUUGACCAUCACACGGAGAGGUUGUUCACUGUCACAGGGCAGCCGAUCGAUCUCAGAGCCAUGCCAAAUGCCAUGCACCCUGUACGCAGGGAAGACACCAAGAGCGUCUGUUGCCUGUGCUGUGAGACUGGUCCCAUAAUCACCAAAGCCUCCACUGAUAAGGCCGGCUACGUGCCAGGGGAGACCAUGUAUGUCUCAGGCACAGUGGAAAACAACAGUAACCGCAGGAUCCUACACCUCACUGUCAGGCUGAAACAGUGGGUGAGAUACUUCUCUUCCGGAGGUCACUCAACUAGACGUGAAUACAACGUCAUCAACGAGAGAGCUCCCGGAUGCGAAGAGGGGGAGGUAGCAAGGAUGGACUGGAAGCCUCAUGUGAUACCCUCCAUCCCGCCCACGGGCCCGCAAGGCUGCAGAAUCAUGAGGAUUGAGUAUGUGGUCCACUUUGAAGGUGACGUGGAGAACACACCCUUUGAUGCUAACGUGUACCUACCCAUCACCAUAGGGACAGUUCCAGUCUAUCGGCCUCCCUACCAGGACCCUUCAGGUGUGAUCGUCCAGCAACCCACCAGCAGUGGACCACCACCUCCAAGUUAUGAGAUAGCCUUAGAGGGACUCCAGGAGGUACCCAGCAAGAGUGGCUAUGACUACACCUUUGGGAAGCUGAUGUACGCCCCCCAGUACCCAACAUACAACCUGCCGGCGCAACCGCCAGCCUGGGAUCCCAUGCACCCACCACCAGUGCAGGACCCGACCUACCCACCUGGGGGCUAUCCACCCCCCAGUGACCCGACCUACCCACCUGCUUUUGGUGCUGGCUACCCACCACCCGGAGUUCCAGAGGGAUACCCACCACCUUCUGCUCCUCAAACCUAUCCACCACCUGCAGGUGGCACUGGCUACCCACCUCCUGAGGGUGAUGCUGGCUACCCACCACCUGCAGGUACGCAAGGCUAUCCACCACCUGCAGAUGGUGAAGGCUACCCACCACCCGCAGGUGCAGGUGACGAAGGCCAGCCACCACCUGUUGGUAGUGAAGAUCACACAGCAGCUGCAGGUGGUGGGGGUGAAGGAAGCACAGAUGAGAAGCCUCCAGCAGAAGGAACGGAGGUCAUUGAGCUGGAAAAAAUUGAAAUCUCUUAAAUGGAACCAGAGCGCUCCCAGUAACCCUCAAGACAACCCAGCCGUCACCCCACCUACGGUGUUCACAGACAGCAAGCAAUCCACAACAAAUCACCGUACCACUAGCUCUCAGCCAAGGGCUAACACCUUACGCUCUAGACUGUUCCCACUCUAACCAAGACCCAAUGAACAGUUCACUACAACGUGUACUACUCCACCUACCGGUCGAUAUGACGCAGCGCUCUCUGGUGCAGCGUCCAUGCUACCUCGCAUAGUACACAGCACAGAACGGUAUAUAGCGUUCUAUGCGAUCUUGCCACUCUGCGACCCAGCAGCAAAACUAACAGCGCGCGCCCUUAGCACGCUGCAAGCACCCUGACCUAGCGCUCUACGCACCCAUGAUUGGUCAACGCAUGCAUUAAUAAUUAAUGACUUAGACUGACAUCCAUGCCUACCCCUGUUUCGUCACAGUUCUUUUCGAUACGUACAGUUUCCAACGAUUACAUGGGUGUUUUCGUUUAUGCAAUACACGUGCUUGUGCGUAUACUAGCACCUUUAUCUCAACAAAAUUUAAGCCUGCACAAUGUCCAUUUUGCAAACAUUGCAGGUCGAUUUGGUGAUAGAUAUGUCAGGAAGAUGCCCUGAAGUGCCAGGCAUGUACCGUUAUUAAUGCUGCAAGAUCGUAGUUAAAAUCACUGCCUCGGUCUCCAGUGCCUUGGUAUGAAAUUAAUUAAAAUAUUUCUAUUUCCUCCGGAUUGGAAUUUGUAAUGCCAGUCCAUCAGAGGUUACACCCCCAGCUAAUAUUGGUACCUAUCCAUUCUUCAGGGUGGAGAGAAGUAAGUUUGGGUAAAGUGGCUUGCCCAAGGUCAUAACUUAUCAUCAGCAGGUGGAGUCAACCUCUGACCCUCUGGUCACAAGUCACAAAUUUCCCUCACAAAGGAGUAAAACAUACACAGGUACUUUAUGGCAUAGAUAAAAUCCAAUAAUUGGAGUACAUUUAUACAAAUGUACUGCCGUAUCUUAUGUAAGUGAAAAAAGAGGAAAUAAAGAACCAAAUUCAACAAGCUUGUAAGCACGCUGAUUUGCUAAGCAUGGAAAACAUUGGCUUUGCCAAAAAAAGUCAAAGCAUGCUUUAAUGUUGCUAAUUAUUGCUCAGGGCACAAAUUUGCAAAGCAUGGUUUCUCUGUUGAGCAGGUCUAUGAAAUUUGGUCGUACAAGUGACCAAAAAAAAGAUUUAAAAAAAAAUUGGAAGAAGAUUGAGGUUUGUUCUGGGAGGAAAUGUGUGCAUGGAUGGGAGUAAGGAGAUAAACUGAACUGGUAAUAUGUAAUACAUAACAACUCAGCUGAUUUUAUUGCCUUUUUAUGAUUCUAAACCUUGAAAUCUAAGGGAACAGAAAACUUCCCAAAAGUGUAUGAGAAACAAAAUUUAAUUUUAUGACAGUAUGUGUCCCAGUAAACAUUUUCAGGUUUUUGUGAAGUGUGCAUAUAUGCAAGUCAGGGCAUCUUUUUUUUAUGAAAUAAACAUUUAAACUGACUCUAAGGCUUUUGUAAUUAUAUCUUUUGCCUUUCACCACAGUCACCCCGAGUUGUUAUGUCCAGUGGUUUGUGGGAGACUUGACAUUGAUUUUACCUCUCAACUCGUACCUUUGGGCCGUUUUCCAAUACUCAACUUCGGCUCCGUCUCAGGCUUCAACUACGUUUUUUACUAGCUGACUUUGAAG